AUGCCGGUGCAGAGCGGCGAGGGCGAGCCGAGUAUCGAAGACCUGAAGUUGCAAUUGAGGGCGAAGGAAGAAGAAGCCGUCAAGCUGACCAUUGAGAUCCGCAACAGCAUACAGACAGUCCAAAGCCAUCUGCGCCAACGUUCCGAAGAUGGGCAUCGAAUCCAGGAGAUGGUCAUCCAGGCCGAGAAGGAGUCCCACGCCUUUUGUCAGGACGUGCUGAAGCUGCGCGACGAAGCAUUGCGGCGAAAAGACGAUAAUAUCGAAUAUGAGAAGCGCACGAGCGACGAGCGGAAGCAGACCGAUUUGCUGGUGGCACAGGCCGCGAAUAAGUCGCUUGCGGGUGCCUUCUACCGCUUCUCGACCCACUACAGCCACAAGGCCGCCCAGUUCGUCAUGCGAACCCUCAAAUACCUGAACAUCGUC